AUGGAAAGAUUGCAACAGCUAGCAACUCAUACAAUUGCUGCAAGCUCAGGACCACAAAGACCAUUACAUCCUUUAGAUCCACUAUCUGCGCAAGAAAUCAAAGAGGUAAGCACCAUAAUCAAGCAGCAAUAUUCAGGAAAGAAGCUUAAUUUCAAUACUAUUACAUUGAGAGAGCCAAGUAAAAAGCGUACUAUAACUGGAAGGAAGCCAACGGUCCAGUCCCUCCUCGUUUAG